UCCCCACGCUCACCCCGAGCCAUAACUGCUUCAUGCUCGAUCGACAGCAGUCUCACUCAGCUGAGAGAUUGUUAUGGACAUCUAGUGUCUAAAGAGCACUGAUCCCAGGAGGACGCUCACUGUGUUAAAGUGGCCUCACACAAAGAUGAAUUUCUUCAUUCACGAUGUCUCUACACUAGACACACUUUGACUGUUGUACUGUUCUAGAGUUCUGUUUCUCUCACGUAUCCCUGUCUAACUUGGACAAUAAUGGAUCUGAAGUCGAGGCACGGCAUUUCACUGCUGGACCAGCUGAACAGAAUGAGAGACACUGAGCAGCUGACUGACGUGGUGCUGGUGGCCGAGGAUGUCCGAUUCGCCUGUCAUCGCGUGGUCCUGUCUGCUUUCAGCCCGUACUUCCGCGUCAUGUUUACCUGCGGAUUGCGUGAGUGUGCAAACCGUGAAGUCUUUCUACGCGACAUGCCGUCUAAAAGCCUCGCUCUGCUCCUGGAGUACAUGUACAGCUCCAAGCUGCCACUCUCAAAUGAAAAUGUGCAAGGUAUAUCGGUGGCGGCCUUUCUACUGCAGAUGGAUGAUGUGUUUGCCCGCUGUCAGCAUUACAUGAUUGAAAAUAUGGAUGUCAACAACUGUGUGGGCAUAUAUUACUAUGCGCGUGACCUGGGCGUUGAGGAUCUGGCUGAUCAGGCGCGGCGCUUCCUGCAGCAGCACUUCACCCAGGUGUGCAUGAGCGAGGAGGUGCUGGAGCUGGAGGCCCACCAGCUGGCCAUGCUGCUGGGCUCCGAUGACCUCAACAUCGCCCGAGAGGAGAGCAUCCUGGAUGUGGUGCUGCGCUGGGUGAGGCAUGGGGCCUCCACACGGGGAGGAGACGGCCUGGGUCAGCCUCAGGGUCAAGGUCGGGAUCAAUACCUGGCAGAGCUCCUGCGCAAAGUGCGACUUCCAUUGGUGAGCCCUGACUACCUGCGCGAGGCCAUGCGUAGGAACACGACUCUGCUGGCCAAUUCAGAGUGUAUGGAGAUGCUGGAGGAGGCCUUGGAGACCACGGGCAUGCACCCAAUGGCGGCUCCGCGCAGACUGAAGUUGCGCUACGGCAUGGAGACCACUGACAUGCUGCUUUGCAUUGGCAAUGACACUGAGGGCAUCCGCACACGUCAGGGGUCCCUCGCCGACUGCAGUUUCUGCUACGCGCCAACCACUGCGCGCACCUAUUACAUCACUUCCCCUCGCUACGGCGACGCACUUGGAUACGUGUUUGCAGGAGUAGUGACAGAGGACAACCAGAUCAUAGUGGCAGGUGAAGCUGGUGUGCGCAGGAGGGCAAGGCAGAAGGAACAGAACGUGGAGAUUUUCAGAUAUAACAUUGAUGCCCAAGGCACCUGGUGUCAUCUGUGUUCCGCUGAGUAUCGUGACUCCUAUGCCCUGGGGUCACUCGGGGAUACCCUGUACCUACUGGGUGGACAGAUGAAGCUAAAAAACCAGCUGCUCAUGACCAACUGUGUGCAACGCUGGUCCAUGCAGGGUGGACCCUGGCGAAGCGCUGCCCCUCUGCCCUUACCACUGGCAUAUCACACAGCUCUGCGUUUCAAGGACCGCCUCUAUGUGCUGGGUGGCCGAACUCCUCAGACGUAUCUGACUGACGAGGAGCCAGACCGAAUGAGCAACCGGCUGCUGGAGUAUGACCCCGAAAGCAACCAAUGGGCAGAGCUGGCCCCCAUGAAGUACUCCAAGUACCGCUGCAGCGCUGUGACCCUGAACGGAGAAAUAUAUGUGCUGGGUGGCAUAGGAUGCGAGGGAGUGGAUCGGGGACAGUGUCGGCGCUGCCUGAAUGUGGUUGAGAUCUACAACCCUGAUGGAGACUUCUGGAGGGAGGGACCACCACUGCCAUGGCCAGUCCUCUCUCUGCGAUCAAACGCCUCCAAUGCUGGAGUGGUGGAUGGAAAAAUAUAUGUGUGUGGAUAUUACAAAGGAGCAGAUCGCUUUGACAACAUAACCAAGGACAUUCUGGAGCUGGACCCUUGGGAGAACAGCUGGGCAGUGGUGAGGAGGCACGUCCUGAUGCACGACAACUAUGACGUCUGUUUGGUGGCCAGCCUCAACCCCCGCGGACUGCAGCCACCUCCUGCCGACCUCGUGGACGAGUAGACGCAUCACAUCUCAUUGCUGCUUCUGUGUGUGGCCAGAUAUGCACAGAGCCAAUCUAUCGCCAGUAGGCUGCAACUGCUUCCAGCGUGAUAUACAAGAGCAAAAGCAGAUUCUUCACUAGUGGCUCACUGCUGCAGGGGGAUGUUACACACAAAUGAAGGUGGACAAAUUUGUCGCAGAACAAAAGGGGUCAUUCUUAUUCUAUUUUUUAUUGUAGUUAGUUACCCAAUACGUUUCAUUCUGCUUCUUUUGAUCUUAUCAUGCCACUGAAAAUCUCACUGUGUGUGGAUGUCCCAAGUGGCUGAAAGUGCUGUAAGCCACAGCUUAAUCAGAGAAAAAUUAGUUUGUAAAUAUUAGAUUUUAUUUUGUAUUGUUUUAAGCUGUAGUGGAAACCUUUGUCCUUUUUGUGGAGGUUAUACUUUUCAUGUGUCUGUCUUGGCUCCCUAGUAAUGCAUACUAUUAAUAAUGCAUCUGUCCAUACCCAACUCAAUGUUUUAAAGUCAAAGUCAAAGUCUGCUUUAUUGUCAAUUUCUUCACAUGUCAAGACAUACAAAGAGAUCGAAAUUUAGACUGUGUUUGUAUCAUGAGCUCAGCCCAGGGCUCACAGGAAUGGUAUGGAAUUGUUGUUUAUAACCAUGUUCCAAUAUUCGAUUUUCAGCACUAUUGCAGAUAAGCAGUGAUGACUUGCAGAGACUGAUGGCAACCAGAAACUAUUCACACUUUACACUGAAACAUGCACAUUUACUGAUAUGAGUACUCAUUAAAACAGCACUUUAAUAAAAUUACCAGCAGUGAAGUGUCAGAAUGUCACAAUGACAUUCAGAGUGUCACUUGUCUUGCAAGGUCCUACUACUGAUGUUUUUUAUAAAUAUUUAUUGCUGAAACAGACAAAAAAAUUGCUUGACAGAACAAAAUCAUAAAAAUACAUCAAUACAUCAA